CCCUUACGGAUAUGGCAAUGCCCCCUCUUGGAGACAGCUAGUCCUCUUGAGACGGCCAGCCCGAAGCUUGCGCCAUCAUGUCGCUCAGUUGGUCGGCUAAGGAUCAUAAAAACACGACCCAGCACGUCGCAACGGGACUCAAGCGAGCGCGCAACGACGUGGGAAACAAAGCGACUGUUGUUUUGGGUGCGCAGUGGGGCGACGAGGGCAAAGGUAAAGUGGUCGAUCUGCUCGCCACUGAAGCGGACGUUGUCUGCAGAUGUCAGGGGGGCAACAAUGCAGGGCACACUGUGGUAGUGGACGGCAAAGAGUACGACUUCCACCUUCUCCCCAGUGGAAUCAUCAAUCCAAAAAGUGUCUCACUCAUUGGUAAUGGCGUGGUCAUACAUCUGCCUGGCCUGUUUGAGGAGGGCGACAAAAAUGAGAAAAAAGGGUUGAAAGGCUGGGAAAAGAGACUAAUUGUCUCAGAUCGAGCUCACCUUGUGUUUGAUUUCCACCAGGUUGUCGACGGAUUGCAAGAAACUGAAAGACAAGCGCAAGAUGGAAAGAAUAUUGGAACAACCAAGAAGGGCAUCGGACCUGCAUACUCCAGCAAAGCGUCACGCACGGGUCUUCGCGUAUGUGACCUUUUGGGUGACUUUAAGGACUUCUCUAGCAAAUUCGUGAACCUCGUCCGCCAGUAUCAAUCCAUGUAUCCAACCUUGACAGUCGACGUUGAGGACCACUGAAAAAAGCUUCGGGAAUACGGUGAAAGAUUGCGGCCCAUGGUCAGAGAUGGAGUCUAUUACAUGUAUGAAGCCCUUCAUGAUCCCAAAGAAAUUCUGGUUGAAGGGGCCAAUGCUGCUCUCCUUGAUAUUGACUUUGGUACAUAUCCCUUUGUGACGUCAUCAAACUGCACCGUGGGCGGGGCAUGCACCGGCCUUGGCAUCCCCCCGCUAAAUAUCGGCGAUGUGUUUGGUGUAGCUAAGGCCUAUACCACUCGUGUGGGAAUUGGAGCCUUCCCCACUGAGCAACUCAAUGCAGUCGGAGAACUGCUGCAGACAAGGGGUCAUGAGGUGGGCGUGACCACAGGGAGGAAGCGACGUUGCGGCUGGUUGGAUCUCGUUAUCGUCAGAUACGCACACAUGAUCAACGGCUUUACUGCUAUCGCUUUGACAAAACUUGACAUUCUGGAUGUGUUGGAGGAAAUUAAAGUAGGAAUUGCUUACAAACUCAAUGGGAAAAGAAUUCCACAUUUUCCAGCAAACAUGGAUGUUUUGCAUAAAGUGGAGGUUGAAUAUGAGACCUUCCCUGGGUGGAAGACAGACACAUCUGCAGCCCGUAAGUGGGGUGACCUCCCAGUCAAGGCACAAAACUAUAUCCGCUUCAUUGAGAACCACAUCGGAGUUCCCAUCAAGUGGGUCGGUGUUGGAAAGUCCAGGGAGUGCAUGAUCCAGAUGUUUUAGAUGGGAAACCCUUGCUCUUCAUUCACAGUUGCACAGAUAGUGUGGUAUUUUUAUCUCUAAAAGCGAUCUCCUCGUCACCAGUUAUUAAUAAAUAAUAUAGAAAUGAAA